AGCCUGGCACGGUGACUGGGCCCUCUCGUCUCCUCAGCCAGCCAGUCUCAGUCGCGCUGGGUGAGAGAGAAGGUCGGGGAGGGAAGCACUGGGCCAUUCCACUCCCUCUGCCUCGCCACUACACUCAACGUCUAUCUCCAAUCUUUAACUUAGUGUUUCGCUUCUUUUACGUAAUAACUCUUUCUGUUUCUGUUUCUCUUUCUCUCUCUGUCCAUCUAUCUUUUCUUUUUUCUCUCUUUCUUCGUCUUCCUUUCCCUCUUUUUCUCCGUCUUUGUGUUUUCUUGUUGGUUUUUCCCAUUUUGGUUUGUUGUUUAAGAUGGGGUUCCUGCGCAUCCUGGUGGCGGGGCUGCUAGUGGCUGGGGCGGGGCAUUUCGUAUGGCGCGUCAUGCAGGAGCCGCCCCCGCCCUACAUCGACCCCAACCCUUGGUGGGGCCCCGGGGAGCACCAGAAAGAGGACACCACCGUCAGGCCAUUCAAAAUUGAUGUCCCUCAAGCUGACCUUGAUGACCUAAAGAUGCGUCUGUCUCUGCCCCUGCGCCUCACUCCAGCCCUGCAGGACGCUAACUUCACCUACGGCUUCACGGACACCACGCUGGACGCCGUGGUGAAGUACUGGCGCACCAAGUAUGACUGGAAGAAGAGGGAGGAGCGACUCAAUUCAUACCCUCACUUCAAGACACAGAUAGAAGGGCUGGACAUUCACUUCCUGAGGGCUGCGGCGAAGAAGGCCCCGGGGGUGACAGUGGUGCCCCUCCUGAUGGUGCACGGAUGGCCUGGCUCUAUAGUGGAGUUCUACAACAUCCUCCCACUCCUGACGGCGCCGCAGGAGGGGAGUGGUGUGGCCUUCGAAGUGAUCUGCCCCUCCAUUCCCGGCUAUGCGUUCUCCCAGGCGUCAGCUAAGCAAGGCUUGGGGGAUCUCCAGACCGCGCAGAUCUUCCUGAAGCUGAUGAAGAGGCUGGGUUUUGAGAGGUUCUUCGCGCAGGGAGGUGACUGGGGCUCCCUCAUUGUGACGGACAUGGCCACCCUCUAUCCUGAUAAUGUGCUAGGCAUCCACAUCAACAUGGCUCUUGUCAACACCAAUGGCAGGUUUGUGAAGGCAAUGUUGGGGUCCUUGCUGCCGGCGGGGCUGGUGGUGGACGCCAAGGACCAACACAAGGUGUACCCGUUGGGGAAGAAGAUCAGCAUGUUCCUGAGGGAGACUGGCUACUUGCACAUACAGUCCACCAAGCCAGACACUAUAGGCGCAGCAUUGAACCAGCUCCCCGUCAGUCUUGCUGUCUACAUCCUGGAGAAGUUUAGCACCUGGACUAACAAGAACAACCCGUGGCUACCUGAUGGUGGUCUGCUGCAGCCUGACUUCCCAAUACCCCUUGAUCAAAUUUUCGACAACAUCUGCGUCUACUGGUUCACAGGCUCCAUCACUUCUAGCAUGCGGUUCUACGCGGAAUAUUUCGGCAAAGUCCUGACGCGGGCCAUUGACAACAUCCCAGUCCGCGUGCCUGCUGGUAUCGGAGCCUUCCCUCACGAGCUGAGCGUCGACCCAAAGAACUUCCUCGCCCACAAGUUUUACGACAUCGUAACUUACAGGGACCACCCAGCUGGAGGUCACUUCGCGGCCAUGGAACGCCCGCACCUGCUGGCCAGCGACAUACACAACUUCGUGAAGGCGGUGCGGCAGCGGCAGCCCUAACCCACCGUGGCCCCCGUGGCCUCCCCAGCCUCUUUUGGGGCAAAGCUCAAGUCUACUGUGUCAGUAAUAGGAGUGCUAUUAGCGUGUUAAGAAAACAAAUGAUAAAAGAUAAAAUUCCA